GAUUCAGCGGCGCUGCACAGGCGGGGUUCGCUGUCAGGGCUCUGGAGGCAUCCCAUCCCCGCGCCGCUUCGCGCCCGUUCUCCGCGAGAAUUCUCUUGAGACCGCUCCCCUUGACGGCGCGAGCGAGUGUCUGAGCUCACUGCGCUUCCUCACCGGCCUCCGUGUCCUUCCGCAGUUCCUGGAAGUUCCUGCGCAUCCCGCAACGCCUUCAGAGCUGGUUUGAGCCUCAGCGCCCGCCGUAGUCGGCUGCCUGUCAGCUGCCGGCGCCUUUGUGAAGCGGCGGAAGCGGCGCGCGGUGGCCGAGGGGCGGUUGGAGCAGCAGGAGUUCCCGCUGACAGUGUUUCAGCCAUGUCUGACAAAAGUGAACUGAAGGCGGAGUUGGAGCGCAAGAAGCAACGAUUAGCUCAAAUCAGAGAGGAGAAGAAAAGAAAGGAGGAAGAAAGAAAAAAAAAAGAAACUGAUCAGAAGAAAGAAGUUCUUCCUGUACAAGAAGAAUCUGAUCUUGAAAAGAAGAGAAGAGAAGCUGAAGCAUUGCUUCAGAGCAUGGGGCUGACACCUGAGUCACCUGUUGCUGUGCAACCUCUGCGAGUAGUAACAGCGGAUACCUGUCUGUUUCACUAUUUAGUCCCUCCUCCUACCUCUCCGUCUUCCAAAUCUGUGAGUACGCCAAGUGAGGCUGGGAGCCAGGACUCUGGUGAUGGCGCUGUUGGAUCUAGGACGCUGCAUUGGGAUACUGAUCCAUCAGUUCUUCAGCUCCACUCUGAUUCCGAUCUGGGACGUGGACCUGUUAAACUUGGAAUGGCCAAAAUUACUCAAGUUGACUUUCCUCCUCGAGAAAUUGUUACUUAUACGAAGGAGACACAAACACCUGUUAUGACUCAGCCAAAGGAAGAUGAGGAAGAUGAAGAUGAUGUGGUUGCACCAAAACCAUUAGUUGAACCUGAGGAAGAAAAAACGUUAAAAAAAGAGGAGGAGGAGGAAGCUGCCCCUCAUGAACUUACAGAAGAGGAAAAACAACAAAUUUUGCAUUCCGAAGAAUUUUUAAGUUUCUUUGACCACUCCACAAGGAUUGUCGAACGAGCCCUUUCUGAGCAAAUCAACAUUUUCUUUGACUACAGUGGAAGAGACUUAGAAGACAAGGAAGGAGAGAUUCAAGCAGGAGCAAAGCUCUCCUUGAACAGGCAGUUUUUUGAUGAACGUUGGUCGAAGCAUCGUGUCGUCAGUUGUUUGGACUGGUCAUCUCAGUACCCAGAAUUACUUGUAGCCUCUUACAACAACAAUGAGGAUGCACCUCAUGAGCCUGAUGGGGUGGCCCUUGUAUGGAAUAUGAAGUACAAGAAAACUACCCCAGAGUAUGUCUUUCACUGUCAGUCAGCAGUGAUGUCAGCUACAUUUGCAAAAUUUCAUCCCAAUCUGGUGGUUGGUGGCACGUACUCAGGCCAAAUCGUGCUCUGGGAUAAUCGCAGCAAUAAGAGAACCCCAGUGCAGAGAACUCCACUUUCGGCUGCUGCUCACACGCACCCGGUGUACUGUGUGAAUGUUGUUGGGACCCAGAAUGCUCAUAAUUUGAUUAGUAUCUCAACUGAUGGGAAAAUAUGCUCUUGGAGUCUGGACAUGCUUUCCCAGCCCCAGGAUAGCAUGGAGCUGGUUCACAAACAGUCCAAGGCUGUGGCUGUUACUUGCAUGUCCUUCCCCGUUGGAGAUGUCAACAACUUUGUUGUUGGCAGUGAAGAAGGCUCAGUGUACACUGCGUGCCGUCACGGCAGCAAAGCUGGAAUCAGUGAGAUGUUUGAAGGACACCAGGGACCAAUCACAGGUAUCAACUGCCAUGCGGCAGUUGGACCUGUAGACUUCUCACAUCUUUUUGUCACCUCUUCUUUUGACUGGACAGUAAAGCUUUGGACAACUAAGAAUAACAAACCUCUCUACUCGUUUGAAGACAACUCAGAUUACGUUUAUGAUGUGAUGUGGUCUCCAACUCACCCUGCCCUGUUUGCCUGUGUGGAUGGGAUGGGCAGGCUUGACCUGUGGAAUCUCAACAACGAUACUGAGGUGCCAACAGCAAGCAUUACUGUGGAGGGCAACCCUGCUCUGAACCGUGUGAGAUGGACACAUUCUGGGAGAGAGAUUGCUGUUGGGGAUUCGGAGGGACAAAUAGUUAUCUAUGAUGUGGGAGAGCAAAUUGCCGUUCCUCGCAGUGAUGAGUGGACUCGAUUUGGUCGAACACUGGCAGAGAUAAACGCUAACAGAGCUGACGCCGAAGAGGAAGCUGCAACCCGCAUACCCGCGUAGAUCUGUAAAAACAGGCAGCAGCAUUGACUUUUGAAUGAUUUGCAAAUCUUAAACGUGUAAGCAUGUCUCAGUUCAAAUAAUAGCUUAAGGACGGAAUAUAUGCAUUCAGCUAUGGACUUCGAAAAUGUAUUAAGAUCACUGAAAAUCUGAUCUUGCGUUGUCACUUUUUAUAUAUAUAUUACAAGCACAUUCUUGGAUUUCUGUAACUUUUAAUACAGUUAACUUUGACUUUGCAAGCAACUUCUUUUGCUGAAACACUAACCUGAUGUAAAUUUGCUAUUGGGCUUCUGAAAUUUCCACUUUGUAACGGUAUCUACUUCUGAAAAGUAAAAGUCCUGUUUCUAAACCAACCUUUCUAUAUUACACUGACUAACCUUCAUUAGGUAAUAAAUCUCUGCAGCAUUCUUUAAUUUUGAACUCUUUAAAUUACCCAUGGAUAUGCAUGCGUAUGUUCCAAGUACGUUUCAUUGUUUAUACAUAGAUAAGCCCCAGGCUCCUGUAGUAAGUAAUAUAUGUGAAUAAAAAUUUGUCUGUAGUUACAAACUUCUUCGAUAACUGGACCUGAAUUAAUUAAAUACAUAUUUAAAACCAUGUUUAGAUUGGUGCAUUAAAAGGUGAGACUGCUUAAUAAAUAAAUAUUACAUGAGCACUUGUCAGCUGCCCUGUCCCCUAAUCCGUGUCCCCUCAGUGGUUUCAGAGUAGAAAGUUCCUGGGAGCUGCUGCUUUCAUUUUACUGCACACACCACAGAGUUUUCUGCCCCAACCUCCACUUGCUACCAUGGCAGUCAACCAAAAGGGAAACAAGCUACUGUUGUGAAAUUUUUCUUUUCCAAAGGAUAAGGAAUUAGACUUUGAUUUAAUUUCCAAAGCAUGAUGAUUUGCAUUCUGUCAACUACAGACUUGCUACUAAUUUUCCAUUUCAAGUUAAAGAAAGAUGUUUUCAUUACUUUUUAACAUUUUUAUUGAAACAAAACCCAUUAAUGGCUUGAAACAGAAUGGUUCCAAUUUCUGUGAAAGCUUACAUUUUUUGAGUACAUCUUUCUUAAGACAUUACAAAGUUUUGCAUCAACACUGGUUUGGGGGGAGGGAAUUGUUUAGGAUUGUUUUUUAGUAAGUAUUCUGACUUGUACUAAUUAGGCACUAAACUAGUAUUGAUGCUUUAACUUAGGACUCUAGAUUUGUUUCUGGUAUUCUUAAUCCACUACAAGCUUAUAGUUGUGCCAGAAGAGCUGUUUUAUGUGCUUAAAAGUAGGAAAUAGGUUUAUAUUCCUUAAUCAGCUUUAUGUUGAGAAGUAUUCUUAUUGUUUCUUCAUUGUUUAAACUGGGGUUUUUUUGUGUUUCUCCUUAUCUCAGUUCUGUUACAAGCAACUCAGAGGCACAGGCAGUUCUGUCUUCAGGAGUUUCUCUUUUCCAGUGGGUUUGGAAGUAAAAUGUGUUUAGGUCUCCAUUGUUGUUGGCUUGUCAAAAGUCCACCUGUCUUUUCAAUGCAAAGUCUUGCUGUUCAGUUUGGCAUUUACCUUGUAUGUUUUUCUCAACCUCACAACAGCGGCUGGCUGUUCAGUUGAGAAACACGUGAACCAAAUAAAGAACAGGCACAUCGUGAUGAUUUUCACCUUUCAGGCACAAGAA